AUGAAACGAUCGUCGUCCGAUAGCAUUCUUUAUGAUGAAAAUAAUAAUAAAAAACAGAAAUUAUCCACGACAACAAAUAAAUCUUGUUUAGAAAAUUUAGCUAAUGAAUUAAUUUAUGAAAUAUUUGAUUAUCUUGAUAUUAAUGAUAUUUAUUUUGGAUUCUUUUAUUUAAAUAAUCGUUUUCAAAAUUUAUAUUUAAAUUCGAAUAAUGCAUUUCAAUUAAAUCUGUCGAAUAUAUCAAAAGAAGAUUUUGAAUAUUAUCAUAAAAAUGUUCUUGAACCAAAUAAAAAUCGAAUAAAAAUUCUUUAUUUAACAAAUCCAUUUACAAUAGAUUUAAUAUUUUCUCCUCCACGUCUUAUUUCGACUUAUAAUCAAAUUGAAAAACUAAUAUUUGAUAAUAUUCAUUCAAAAUAUCUUAUUAACAUUCUUAAACAUUUAAUUUCUUUACCUAAAUUACAUUCAUUAACUCUUUCAUCUAUUGAUUAUAUUGAAAACCCAUCUAUAUUAUUUAUUCAUAUAUGUCGUUUAACAAAAUUAAAAUCUUGUCAAUUAACAUAUCGAAUAAAACAAACAAAAUUAAUUGAUUUUAAUCAAUGUCAACAAAGUUCAAUUGAAAAUUUUAUUAUUAAUGGUAAUUUUCCAUAUGAAUCAUUAGAAAAGUUUUUAAUUUGUUUUCCAAAACUUCAUUCUUUGUCAAUCAAUCGUCUUGUUAGAUUAAAUUAUUUAACUGAAAAAGAUUUUAAUCCAAUUGAACUUAAAAAUUUAAAAUCCAUAUCUUUUGAACUUCAUUCAAUUUAUUUUGAACUAUUGAAGGCAUUAUU